AUGGGGGUGAGUGUCGGCAGAAGUGGCGGUUGCAGCGGUAACGAGCUGGGCUUUGAGCUGGGCCAGCUGCAGGGAGGCGCUGCGGGGGCGGGAUCCCAACUCCCAGCCCUCCAAUCGGAUUCAGCGGGCUGGAAAGGGGAGCAGCGCAACGAUCCAAUAGCAACGUUGUUUGAGACCCUCCAGUCUCUGUUCUGGUCCAUCUUCGGCCUGUUAAACCUGUACGUGACCAACGUUAAAGCUCGUCAUGAGUUCACAGAGUUCGUUGGGGCCACCAUGUUUGGAACCUAUAACGUGAUCUCUCUGGUGGUUCUGCUCAACAUGUUGAUCGCCAUGAUGAACAACUCCUACCAACUCAUCGCUGACCAUGCAGAUAUAGAGUGGAAGUUUGCCCGGACCAAGUUAUGGAUGAGUUAUUUUGAUGAGGGGGGUACUCUGCCCCCUCCCUUCAACAUUGUUCCCAGUCCUAAAUCAGUGUGGUACCUCUGCCUGUGGGUUCAUCAUAGACUCUGUAGGAGAGGAGUGCCCCCUGCUGACGACACAGACAAACACCACGACCUGCAAGAGUUCACGGAGCGUCAUGCAGACAGCCUGAUACAGAAUCAACAUUAUCAGGAAGUGAUCCGCAGCCUGGUGAAGAGGUACGUGGCGGCCAUGAUACGCAGCGCCAAGACGGACGAGGGCCUGACCGAGGAAAACUUUAAGGAGUUGAAGCAGGACAUCUCCAGUUUCCGUUACGAGGUGUUAGAUCUCCUUGGUAACCGCCGGCCCCCCAGAUGCCACUUCUCUUCCAGCAGUGAAGCCACACUUAGAAAUGAGGGAGGAACCAGUGACGAAGGGGGGCCUGACCCUGACCUUGACCCCUCCCUGGGGUCGCAGGAGGGGAGUGGAGCCAAGAGGUCAAAGGGCGUGACCUUUCUGACCCCGACAGGAAGCAUGGAGAAGAAGAAGAAGCCUAAAUAUGGCGUCUCCGCGCUGGUCCGGAGUAUUUCAGGAAUGGAAGUGUUGUCGUCGGCGACGUCCAAUAAGACAACAGACUCCUUUAAGCGCCUCGGCUUACUGUUCUCACGCAAAGCCCCGCCCCUUCCCCUCUCCGUUGGCCAAUCUCCUCCUUCCUACACCAUCUCUGACGGCUUGCUCCGCCCCCUGAGAGGUCGCGGGUCAUAUGACCUCGGUUCGGUGGGUCAUGUGACCCGCAGCGAGAUGCACCUGAACCAGGUCGGACAUACUAACCCGGUCGGAGCCCCUCCUGCUUCCUCCGGACGAGCCAAUGGGAGGGACUCUCUGCUAACCUUGCCCCUCCCACCUCCCUGUCCCUGCCAAUCCCUGCACUGUGCUUCCAAUAUGGCCGACUCGAGCUCCCACCUCCUGGACUCCAGCGAGAGCGUCUUCGAGGGAGGAGGAGGGGGCAGGGUUUUGGGAGAGGGGUGGGUGGGGCCUUGUGAUGUCAUAGAGGACUCCGGCGGCAUCGACGACUCUGUCACUACACAACUGUAG